AGGAUGGGUGCAGAUGGAGUCCCCGGUCAGGCCCAGCCCUGGAGGAAGGUUCUGUGGGAGCACCAGCCCUUUCCUGAUAACUACGUGGACCAGAGGUUCCUGGAGGAGCUGCGGAGGAACGAGGGGAUCCGACAGUACCGGUACUGGUCCGUGGUGAAGGAAGCAGGCUUUGUGGGCCAGCAGCUGUCCUGUGUGUCAGUGUUCAUCACUCUGUGGCUCUACAUGAAGCAGGACCUGCUGAGUCCGGACACCCUGCUGUGGACCAGCCUGGUGUGUGCCCUGCUGGGUUAUGGACUGUACCAGGUGCUGCCGUGUCAGRCUGAGUCCUGCAGCGAGAGCCGCACACACCUGGCCGACCUGCAGAGCGCUGCGCUCUUCCUGUCCUUCACCUUUGGCUUCUCUCCGGUCCUGAAGACCUUAACGGAGUCUGUGAGCACGGACACGGUGCACGCCAUGUCUGCCGUCAUGCUGCUGGCCCACCUGGUGUCCUUCCCCUACGCUCAGCCCUCUCCUCGGGGGAGUCUGUCUCUGAACGCAGCCCUGUUCUCCUCUGUGUGCCUGGCCUCCAGGCUGCCGGGCGCUCUGCACACCUGUGCCAUGCUCACCUGUGCUCUGCUGGUGUUCGCCCUGUGGCCCUGCCUGCUGCGCCGGCUCAGGGACGGCGCCCCGCGCCACUUCACCGCCGUGUGUGUGUGCGUGUGCGUGGGAGGGGUGGGGGGGCUGGCGUCGAGGUCUGUGGGCGGAGCCGUGCUCCUGUCCCUGGCGUUAGUUAGCGUUACGCUGCUGUGCCCCCUGCUGCUGCUGUGGCUGCAGAGACACAAGGACAACAUCCAGGGGCCCUGGGACGAGGCGGUGAUCCACGAGGACCUCAGAACCCUCCUGCACUGAUGGACCAGUUCUGUUACUGGGUCAGGACUGGUUCUGUCAGGACACUGCAGAGGAAUCCUCCUGCACACACUGAACUAUCUAAUAUUAAAGCUGCUGCUCUUUGGACCCUCA